AUGCAGCUUGCAGCAUUGUGGCCUAGUGGGAUCAUGGAUACCCAUUUCAUUAAACGUGCUAUAUGUAGAGCAAAAGAAAGGAGAAAGGCAAUAAGCAGCAGCCAACAAAAGGAGCAAGAGAAGAAGAAGAAGAAGUUGUUAGCACCAAAAGCAGACGAGCCUGUUCAAGGGAAAGCUAGUAACAUUUCUCAGCCAUCUCAUGUGCAAGAGACAUUGGUGCCAAAUUCUCGUGAUUACAGUUCAAGUCUGAUCAACAAGCUAGUUCACAGUGCUGCAGUAGCUAACUCACCUGUUCGCGUGCCUACUACCUUUGCAAAUGGUCUUAACUCGGACAUGCCAAAACUGGAGAAAACCAAAGGACAGCCAAACAUAUUGAAAGAUGAAGCACGAGAAGAGGAAGCUGAAGAACUGAGAAAAUGUUCUAGCGUCCCUGUCAACUAUCUUGCCUGA